AUGGAAGAAUUCCAACAGAUUCCGGACUUUUAUGGAUGCUAUUUACUGCAGUCUAUUAGUAAAAGGCAAUCGUUUUACAUAGGCUCGACCCCGAAUCCAGUUAGGAGAUUGAGACAACAUAAUGGUUCAUUAAGUCGUGGAGGUGCUUAUCGAACAAAAAGAGAUGGCACUCGGCCUUGGGAAAUGGUAGCUAUCGUUUAUGGCUUUCCUAGUCGUAUCGCUGCCCUACAAUUUGAGCAUGCUUGGCAACAUGGGUACCAAACUCGAUACAUUAAAAGCCAGGACCGGGUAGUUAAAACAAGAAAAGGUGGAAGGUCUAUACACCAUAAGCUUGCCAUGAUAACUUCUCUUCUGAAAAAUGAAUACUUUCGCUAUAUGGAUUUAACAUUACACUUUUUUAAUCAAAAAGUCGAAGAAAUAUGGAAGAACGAUAAGUUCAAUGUAUCACAAACACAAGAAUCAAUAGACAAUAACUACACAGUAUCUCUAUCACAAGAUGCUUUAACAGAGAUUAAUAACGAUACUAUAGAUGACAUAAUGGACGUUAAUGAGAAAAAUAUGGAGCUUGUACAGAACCUAUACUCUACAACACUGGCCGAAAAGACAAAAACUCUUUUACUAUACAAAGAAAAAAUUGAUACAGGUAUCAAUACAUGCCAGUUUUGUAAUAAAAUUAUAAAGCAUAACUUAUCAGGAAACAUCUCUGAAAACUUAUUUGCAUUUUGUAGAGAUACUAGUUGCACAUUCGUCAGUCACCUUGCCUGUGCAUAUCGAUAUUUCAUGAGCAACACUGAACUGCCUAAAGAGGACACGAUAAUUCCGCAAUCGCCAAAGUGUCCAAAGUGCUAUACUUUAUUAAAAUGGUGCGAUGUUAUUUACUAUUCGAUAAAAUUAAAUAAAGACAAUACUACAGCAGAUGACAAAAAAAAGACAAUUUGA